AUGAUCAAAAUUGUAGAAACAACUGAAGGAAAAGUUGUCACUGUUACUUUCAAUAGCCAGUUAUGCUUAGCAACCAUCUCCUUAGAUAAUGAAAUUAACACUAUUUUAAAUUUGGAAGCACCAAGAGCGAUCCUUAUUAAAGAAGACAUUUCUAGCAAGAUAAUAAAUAAACAUGCUGGUUUUAUGAUUGAUGAUGUACCAGUAUGUAUAUGCACUAAU